ACAAACAUUCUUAACAGCUAGCGCGUAUUAGCGGCCGCUCCGAGUGUCAUCAUCGCAUUUUAAUACGUGUCCAUUGAUAACUGUUCGUCCGGUGUUUCUGCUUCGUAAUUUUUCUUCUGUAAAUCUAUGGAGUGUUUUCAUUGUCAGAUAUCUUUGAAUUUCUGUCUGUGUUAGCAUAAGGCGCCUAGUGCGCCUUCCCGUCACGGAUGGACAUGUGUCGGGCCCGAUUGUUAUUUCACUUUCUGGCGCUUAGCCUACUCCCCUUUGCCCGUCCUGACGAGCACACUCAUGUCUACGAAGAUAAUGAGGAAGUUGUACUAUGGAUGAGUACAGUUGGACCAUAUCACAAUCGUCAAGAAACUUAUUCAUAUUAUUCAUUACCUUUUUGCAUGGGUACAAAAGAUGUUAUUGAUCAUUAUCAUGAAACUUUUUCUGAAGCAUUACAAGGCAUUGAACUUAAAUUUAGUGGCUUGGAGAUUGAAUUUAAGGCUGAUGUUGCAAAGAUGGAUUAUUGUCAAAUAAAAUUAAUAGAAGAAAGUGAGAAAGCUUUUAUAUAUGCAGUGAAGAAUCAAUAUUGGUAUAAAAUGUAUAUGGAUGAUCUGCCAAUAUGGGGUGUCGUAGGAGAGCCAGAAGAAAACAAUGGAGUUGUAUCUUAUUAUAUUUGGACACAUAAAAAGUUUGAUAUAGGAUAUAAUGGAAAGCAAAUAGUUGAUGUAAAUUUAACCAGUGAAAAUAAGGUAAAAUUGGUACAAGAUGCAGCUAUCUCUUUUAGUUAUGAGGUUAACUGGAAAAAGAGCAAUGUUAAAUUUGAAGACAGAUUUGACAAAUAUUUGGAUCCUAAUUUCUUCCAGCAUAGAAUUCAUUGGUUCAGUAUUUUUAAUAGUUUUAUGAUGGUAAUCUUUCUUGUUGGACUUGUUUCUAUGAUUUUAAUGCGUACAUUGAGGAAAGAUUAUGCUAGAUAUAGUAGAGAUGAAGAAAUGGAUGAUAUGGAACGAGAUUUAGGAGAUGAAUAUGGUUGGAAACAAGUUCAUGGAGAUGUAUUUAGACCAGCUAGUCAUGCAAUGCUUUUCUCCGCUCUUAUAGGCGCAGGCUAUCAAGUCACUGUAGUAGUACUUAGUGUUAUUAUUUUUUCUAUCGUUGGAGAAUUGUACACAGAAAGAGGAUCGAUGUUGUCGAUAGCAAUUUUUGUAUAUGCUGCUGCAUCACCUAUAAAUGGUUAUGCCGGAGGAGGUUUAUACGCACGUAUGGGAGGUCGUAUCUGGAUCAAACAAAUGAUUCUCAGUGCCUUCAUGUUACCUCUUAUAGUCUGUGGCACUGCAUUUUUCAUUAACUUCAUUGCAAUGUAUUAUCAUGCCAGCCGUGCUAUACCAUUCGGUUCUAUGGUAGCAGUAACAUGCAUCUGUAUAUUUGUUAUAUUACCAUUAACAUUAGUUGGAACAAUCUUGGGCCGCAACUUAGCUGGAACACCGGACGCACCAUGCAGAGUUAAUGCAGUACCCCGACCUAUCCCUGAAAAAAAGUGGUUUAUGGAACCACUUGUUAUCAUAAUGCUUGGUGGUAUUUUGCCCUUUGGAUCGAUAUUUAUUGAAAUGUACUUCAUUUUUACCUCAUUUUGGGCAUAUAAAAUUUAUUAUGUUUAUGGAUUUAUGUUACUAGUAUUCGUUAUUCUAAUGAUAGUAACCGUAUGUGUUACAAUCGUAUGUACAUAUUUCUUGCUAAACGCUGAAGAUUAUCGAUGGCAGUGGACAAGUUUCUUAGCGGCCGCUUCAACCGCCGGUUAUGUCUAUAUAUAUUCCUUCUAUUAUUUCUUCUUUAAAACUAAAAUGUAUGGUCUCUUCCAAACAGCUUUUUACUUCGGUUACAUGGCAUUGUUUAGUCUCGCCUUGGGUAUAAUGUGCGGUACAGUCGGUUACGUUGGUACUAAUGCAUUUGUACGGAAGAUUUAUUCUACUGUUAAAAUAGACUAAAGCACAAUGCUAGUGUGACGAUGCCUACGACGAAUAAAAAUACAAAAAAACACAGUGAAAUCUGCCGGUCUUUAUAAAGUAGGACUUUUUUUAAUAAUUUAAGUUAUUCAUUGUGACGCGCAAAUGUAACUCGUGGAAAAGAUUAUGAUACCGGCUAAAAUAAUAUAAUGUCAAUGAAAUGUAGCAUGAAUAUUUAAAAAAAAGUUUGAUACAUCGUUAUGUUUUUUCUAAAUAUUCAAUGAAUGUUUUAUCACUUUACAUCUAUUGCUGUAAUAUUAUAAUGUUUUCAUUUAAGAAAGAGAAUGAUUAAUUUAUUUGUUGUAAUUUAGUUGUGAAGAUGGGUCCUACAGUACAGAACAGUACCUACACAUCUAUGAGACGAAUAAUUUGCAAAUUAUUCAAACAAUCACAUGUAAUAUUCAUCUCGUAAAUCAUAUUUCGAUCUUAUACAAAAUGCAGACUCUGAUAAUUAUUUAGAAUUAAAACAAUCAUAUUUUUUAACAUUGCUCAAUAUUGCUGGAUUUAUUGAAAACUUGCUGAUUAUUGUUUUUUUUUUUAAGAUUUAUAGAAAGUUGUAUAAAUUUUAAAAAUGUUUAAAGAAUUUCAAUGUCUCUUUCAAAAAGAUAUAUCAACAAAUACAGAUAUUUUAAUUCUUCAAAAAUAAUAACAUUUCAAAACGCCAGCGAUAAUUACAAAUACAAAAAUGUAAGAAGUUGAAACUGAAAGAAAUGAAAGAAAAAGAUACAGAUUAUUAGAUAUAAAUUGUACAGUAUAAAAUUUUCGAUACAAUUUAUUCACGAUGUAAAGGAUAUACUUUAAUUAGCAUUAUUAGAGACAGUACUACAAUUGUGCGACUCUGAAUUAAAAUUUUAGUUAUAUAUAUAUAUAACGCUUGAUUACCGAUAAUUUGAGUAACGUUAAUUUAUAGAUAAGCUAGAGAAUAGACUUAAAGGAAAAAUAUAAAUAAUAAAAAAUUUUUUACCAUUGGCUGCGUACUGUUGUCUUUUCUUCUUUUUUUAUGUGCAUAGUUUUUAUUAUAAACUGUGAGUGCAUUGGUAAAAUGUAAAGUAUUGUGAGACUAUAACCAGUGGUAAAAUGAUUUUUUUACUCUUCAUGCGGUUAAAUAUCUAAAUACACAUUUAAACACUGCUGGAAAAAGAAAUAAAUAAAACUGUGGAAAUUAUGGAAUUUGAGAAUUGCGGUAAAUGUUUAUCCUAACGUGAUACAUUAAGCGGCAAAUAUCAGUGAGAAUAUGUGAAUAAACAUACGAUUUGUUAUUAGACAUAGCAGUUUUAAGAAAUAUAAAAUUUCUACAUACAACAAAAA